AUGUUGGAGCUCGCUCGGAAGACCCAGGGCUACAGCGCAAAUACGACGAAAGUAGCGCUGGUGAUGUCCAAAACACGUUCAGACGACCUGCGAUGGCUUCGUGAUUAUCUCAAAACAGAAACAGACAAUGUGCCUUUUAUCUACUCUAUGGACAAGGACCCCGAACCCGAAUUGCUCGUCGCACAUUCUUCUCGUGGUCGCGAAGUCUCUGCCUACCUUUCCUUCGUUUUGGAGUAUUACGACGAAUUGCCCGCUUACUCGAUUUUCAUCCAUUCCAAUCCAGACCAAUGGCACAACGACUUAUUCGGCUCCAAAACAAGCGCUGUCCUGAAAAACUUGCGCCGGGAAGCUGUGGACGCGCUGGGAUAUGUGAACUUGCGCUGCGAGCAUAAUCCCGGCUGUCCGGUUCAUAUCAAUCCACACAAUCCCACGCAAAUAGACAUUGAUAACAAUGAUGCCCGUGCCAACUUCCCCACAAUAUACAAAGAUAUAUUUGGAGAUACUGCUGUGGUGCCGGAUCAUAUUGGUGGCAUCUGCUGCGCCCAAUUUGCGGUCAGUCGGGAGCGCAUCCGACAGCGACCGAAGAGUGACUAUGUCCGAAUGAUGAACUGGGUCAAUGACAAAAGCCUGCCAUACGUUAAUGAUUAUGGGGUUGGGUGGGUGUUUGAAACUUUAUGGCAUGUCGUGUUUGGCAUGAAUGGAAUUCAGUGA